AUGUUUUGCUUUCUACAAACACUCCAUCUAAUCCCUUACUCUUCUUUCCCGACUGCUUCAUUUUUCAUACCAUUCACUGAGUCUUCUAUGAUUCGAUAUCCGUCAUUCCCGACUGAAUUUUCCCUCCCUGCUUUUGGACAGCUUGCAUCUGAGCUUUUUGCAGGUUCAUUUGCUAUGGUCAUUACCUACACAUUUCUCCGAUCAUUCGUUGAGGACAGAAUCUACCGAAUCAUACGAAGGCAUUUGCCUAAACAAGGACAACCUGAUGACCUCUCAAUUCAAGUUGCCGUCGAUAAUGAUCUCCUAGAGUGGACAGUACCGGCCGCAGGGCGACAUAUGGAAUAUGAAACUUAUCGCAGCAACCUAAGCUUGCUAGAAGACAUCAAGGAGGAAUUUCGGGAAUUAAAAAAGCAGGUGUUGAUCUGGGUUGGUUGGAAUCGAGAAGCACCGUCGGACAUUAAAAGUAGUAACUCCCCUACCCGAGACGCGACAGAAACUGUUCGAAAUCGCAAUCAUUUCGAAGCAGAGCGACAGGAAGUAGACGGUGCAAUGUUGAGAACUCCAGUGCAGUCUUCAUUUGACGCCAGCCAGGGUCAGAUCCUGGCAAAUGAGCAACUCACACAUUCGCCAGCUCAGAUUACUCCGAUUUCUCUGGAUGGGCUACGUUCAGUUGGACGGACUGAGGCCGACUCCAAUAUUCGACAAGAUGGUGUGGAGACCUCUUGGUUGCCAUUCCAGGACACCGAGCAAAGAUCGCGCUCAAACACAUUGUUCUCGCGGCCUGCAAGUCCGGAAUCCCCACUGACUUCACCUCGUAUUCGUGCUUCUCUAACCCAUCGGAACUCUUUCACCACCACCAUGGAAAUUUCACUCCAGUCCAGCCGAAAUAGGCAGAGAACCGAGCAGGUUGAUGCUGAUGUGGCCAAUCUUGACACUACGAUUUCUUUAGAAGACCUCAAUUUCGAGUCUAUUCCUCUAAAUUCAAUAAUGGACCCGGACGAAUUGAGAAUACUGGAUUCCAUGACUAUACAAAGCGAAGCAAGAGAUGCAGGGGAACAUGCUGGUAUAGAGGAUCCUCCAACGGAAAUUCCCGAUGCAUCUGAAGCUGCCCAGCCGGUGGAAAAUCCGGAUGUUGAGGCGGAAGAUACUCUGGCGGGCUUGAGUGACGAGAACACUCUGGUGCCAGCUAGGCUAGCCACGGCGCAGCUGACGGUUCUUCCAGAUAUGGUCGAGGAAGCGCUACACAGUCCCACUCGCCAGGACAUCAUGGACAUGAUAUCUGAGGUCGGAACACAAGACUUGCGACCUCGCUCGCCACCGCAAGACAGGCUCGCAAGCCAACAACGGCAGCAGGACACCCAUCCAAUCCAACAGCGAGUCACAGUGCUAUCUUCCUUCCCCAUGGACGGCUUGGCACAUCAUCUCGCUUCUAUGAUAAGCAGCGCUCUAUUCGUGCCUUUCCGGUCUCUGCUCUACCGUUCUCUAGCCACCACCUAUCUAUCCUCACCAGCCGCUGCAGUGUUUAGCAGGAACAUUGCGGUUUCCACCACCGACAUUCGCAGUCUCAACGCGUUUGCGGGCGGUGGGAAUCGACACGAUAUGAUCGCGUAUAUGGCUAACGUGGCCAUGGUAAUCGGUCUUCAAACUGCUGUGAGCGGCGGCAUUCUUAGUGUAAGCUCGGCUGUCGCUAUGCAGAUUGGAAAGAGGAUGUUUGGCUGGGGUCAGUUGUGA